AUGAAUUCAUCUGCAGAUACAGUCAAAAUAUAGCCUUUAAAAAGAAAUAAAGAAAAAGAAACCUAAAGAAACAUAAGAAUUUUAAGUUCUAGAAUAAAUUUUGAAGAUCCCACAAUAUUACUAUAAUCACGAACUUUAUUAGCUAAUUUUAUUAGGGGAAAUUAGAUUUCAUAAUCUAAUCCACAGAGUAAUCAAUGA